UGUGGUGACUUCGUGAACGCAGGUGCCAAGGAGAUGAUGACGCCGUCGGAUGUCAUUGCUGCUGCGGACAUCACCUUCUCCUGUGUGUCUGACCCACAGGUGGCAAAAAAUAUGGUAUUCGGAAAUUGUGGAGUGUUGCAAGAAAUGUCCGCUGACAAAGGCUAUGUGGAGAUGACUGGCAUUGACGCAGAGACCUCACAGGACAUUGCAGAGGCUAUAAGUGGGCGAGGGGGGCGUUACCUGGAGGCACAGGUGCAGGGCAGCAAAGUGCAGGCAGAAGAGGGCACCCUAGUCAUUCUGGCAGCGGGUGACAGAACGCUCUUUGACGACUGCCAGAGCUGCUUCCAGGCCAUGGGCAAAAAUUCCUUCUACCUCGGUGAGGUGGGCAAUGCCAGCAAGAUGAAUUUGGUGCUCCAGGUGAUGGCAGGUGUCACGCUAGCUGGGCUGGCUGAGGGAAUGGCCCUGGCGGAUAGGGCUGGGCUGCAGCAAAAGGACGUGAUGGAGAUCAUGGAGCUCACCUCACUUGCAUGUCCACUCAUGAUUGAGAAGGGAAAAGCCAUCAUUGAAGGAGGUUUCCCAACACACCUGCCGCUGCAGCACAUGCAGAAGGACCUUCGCCUAGGCAUGCUGAUGGGUGACACCUUGGAGUUGCCGCUGCCCCUCACUGCUGCCACCAACGAGGUCUUCAAGCACGCCAAGCGGCUGGGCUACGGGGAGCACGACGUUUCCAGUGUCUACAUACGCACGCGAUUCUAACCCAUAUUGGCCCCCGUGUGCUCACUCUUUUUUUUUCUUUUUCUUUUUAAAUGUAUUUUUUUGUUCUUUUUUUAUGUCUUUUUCUCUGUUUUUGUUUGUAGAAGGCGUAUGUGUCUUGAGGAAAGGAAGGGAGGAAGGAAGCAGGCAGAGGCAGGCAGGCAUCAGUAAAAUUUGUGUGCACUAAAAACCUCCCUUCUAGCUUUCUCUCUCUGUCUCUGUCUCUCUCGUUAAGGGAGAAGUUAUAUUGUAGUAUUUGUUGUAAUUAAGGUUGUUUUUUAGCUUGUAUAAAGUAUAAGAAUGAGGUUAAAAGAAAUGGAUAAAGAAAAGAAAAGAAAAUUUUUAUCAAAACACCUUUUCAUUUGAUGCAUUUAUGUACUGAGAAAUCACAUUUUAAUUUUUUUCUCUCUUUUUUAUUUUUUCAUAUUUCGUAUGCACAUUUUUAAUUAUUUAUUUUUUUACCAAGAGCACAUUUUGUGUGUCGUUUUGGCUAAGGAAUGAGGAACGUGGAACCGCAGUGCUCAGAAUUGAAUAAGUGUUUGCGAGGUUUUCAGUGCAGACUCUUGUUAUUGUUUAUUGAUGCUUGGGUUUUCUAAAAUAACGUGGAUAUCAUUUCCUUUUUUUAAUUUUUAGUCUUUAUUAUUAUUGGUUUGCUGUCAUUAUUAUUAUUUUUAUUAUUAUUAUUAUUAUUAUUAUUAUUAUUAUUAUUAUUAUUAUUACUAUUAUUAUUAUUGUUUUGUCAUUAUUAUUGUUAUUGUUAUUUUCACCAGAAUACUGAGAGCCUGAAGGAGCCAUUAUGUAGUGACUCAAAGCUGUCGAAUGCUUAGUCAUUGGUAUCCAAGAUAACUAUAAAUAGUAAAAAAAAAAAAAAAAAAAAAAAAAAAAAAAAAG